CCACCACCAUACAUGCACACGUUCUGGACGCGGGCCAAUGCCGUGUUCAUGGCGGCCUUCACGGCGAUGUACACCAUGUGCGCGUUGACGACACUUACGACGUUCCUGCACACACCUUCUCCCUUGGUGCACACCCUCGCGCUCAACCAGGUGCAAUCCUUGCGGAACUACCGCGACAAGACCGAUCGCGCCGUGCUGACGUUUGACCUGGACGCGGACCUGUCGUCCGUGUUCAACUGGAACACGAAGCAGUUGUUUGUGUACGUCGUCGCUGAGUACACGAGCGCAUCGAACGUGGUGAACCAGGUGGUCGUCUGGGACGCCAUUGUCCCCACGCGCGCCGAUGCCCGCCUGCAGUUCGCCGACGAAAACGUCAAGUACUUCUUGGCCGACGAGACCAACCAACUCCGCGAUGCCGACGUCACGCUCAAGCUGCAGUGGGACGUCAUGCCCGUGUGCGGUCAGUUGUUUCAGUAUGGCGCGGGUGAGGCGAAGUUCCGGAUGCCGUCGGCAUACUUUGGAUCGUCCGCCACCAAGCCCAAGAAUUAAGUUUCCCAUACGAUCCACCAUGUAAACCAAAAGCACCAUCUCUAUAUCGCGGCA